GACGAACAGCGCAUAUAACAACGUGCCGCAUCGAUGGCAGAAUCACACGCCGCCGUCGUCACUCCCGACGACGAAACAAAGACGCAUUUCUCGCCCGCGGGCAGCCCAACCACCAAGGGCAGUCCCACAAAAAGAGCCGCAGCGCCGGCCAUCGACGUCCUCGACGACGACGUCCUCGACAAUUGCCUUGGGUUCCUGGACGCCGAGGACGAGUUAUUGAGAGGCCCCAUCCGGGCCGUGGCGUCGGGCUGGCGUGCGACCGCGGCGCGCUGCGCGAAACGGAGCGUCCCCACGGUCUGCGCUCGCCUGGCGCGCCUGCCCGGGGCCAGACGCGAGCGCCACGCGAAGGAUGCGGCGAAACGCUUGGCAAGCUUAGCGGGCCUCCCGGCGACGCACCCGCAGCUCAACGUGGCCGUGGCGCUCUGGUUCGUCGAUAACCAGGACGGCACCGGACCGCUCGUCGACGACACUAAAGUAGCGCGCCAGCUCUGGGCGUUUGUCGAUGAGGUCGGCGACGGUGCCGCCGUCCUCAACGACGCCAUCGACGUCUGGCCCCACCGCGUGCGGGCCUUCGCGACUGAAGUCGGCAUCAAGCGGCGCGAACGCUCGGCGUUCGUCGGGACGUGUCGCGGCGGCGCGGCGGCGGCGAAGCUGCGCGGUGCCAAACGAUGCGACGACGCUUGUUCCACGCGUCGUGCGAUCGACGCGGUCUUCGCCGACGUCCUCCGCGUGGCACGCGAGCCGUGGACGCUCGGGCCGCCGCCGGACGCCGUCUCGCGCCUGACGGGGCCCGUGGGGAAGAUGCGCCGCUUCUUCCGCGCGUUCGCGGCGUUGCACGGCGUCGUCGGCGGCCACGCGGAGAUAUAUUAUGAGCGCCGGGCGUCCGAGCCCUACGACGUCACGCUGUUGCUUCCGCGGGCCCAGCUGGCCGUCGUCGCCCACUGGGACGCGGAGGACGUCGCCGGUGCGGUGGCGGGGUUGCGCGAGGUGGAUGUGUCGUCUGCCCUGGCCCGGUGGCAGCUGCUGGUGGACGAGAACUCAACGGGCGGAUUCGAAGUUGUUAGGGAUUUGGAUUUCUAAGACAGUACUAGUAGUAUGUGUUUCACAACUAGUACAUGGCCGAGUCGC